ACAUUUGAAAAGAACAUAACUAGUAUUGAAAGCGGUAUUUCAAAAAGUAUAAUAAUUUAAAAUGAAAAUAUUAAUUGUUUUUGUAAUCGCCGCGAUUCGAUAUUCGGCUUCGUUUGAAAUCGUUUGGGAUAAUAAUGUGACAUUAAAUGAGUUGUAUCAAACCGAAAUUGAUUUUGGUAGGACGGAAAUGGUUCGAAUGCCAAAUUGGUUUUUGAUCUUUCCAGGUACUAAAUGGUGUGGUGCUGGUAACAUUGCCGAAAAUUACGACGAUUUAGGGGAAUUUAGAGAUACCGAUAAAUGUUGUAGAUCCCACGAUUCUUGUAGUGAAUACAUAGGAGCACACCAAACAAAAUAUAAUUUGACAAAUCCUAGUUUUUAUAGCAGAUUAAGUUGUGAUUGCGACGAAGAAUUCCAUAAAUGUUUAUUAAGUGUUAACAGUCCAGUGUCGACGCAAGUAGGGAUAUUAUUCUUUAAUGUUUUAAGUACAAAAUGUUUUAAAAAGGAAUAUCCAAUUGUAAAUUGUAAACGAUACAUUUACGUGCCAGCUAGUAAAUGUGUAGAAUAUGAAUUGGAUACAACUCAAGAAAAGCGAUAUCAAUGGUUCGAUAUUCCUCCUUAUUAAUUUAUAUUUAAACAAAAACGUUACUUACUGUUCGCUUGUAGAUCUAAGAUAGGUAAUAAAUCUGAAUAUUAGAAAUAUUAGUGAACGCACAUAAGCUUGUGAAAGUUUCCCAUAAUGAACUUCUAUUAAACACAUUAUCUCACUGGCUUUCG